GCCGCCCGCUGUCUCACUCGUUCACCCGCCCUCUCUUGCUUGCUCGCCCGCGUGUCCUCCCACUUACCCUCUCGCCCGCUCACAUGUCCUCAUUCUGGCUCGCUGCCCUCUUGUUCGCCCACCUACUCGCCCUACUGCUAGUCUUUCCCAGUUACCGUGUCUCGCCCCUAGCUCACUCUCGCACCCGCCGACCCGUUCUCACUGAGGGCACACGCAUCCAGCGACCGCGCAGCCGAAAGACUUUGAGUGCGAGGCUCAAGGGCCCUAUUCGCGAUACAAAGGUGAGCCAUCACCAACACGAUCUCCCUGCACUGCCAUCUACGAAUGUGCCGAGGCCCUGCUGAACCAUGUCCUAUCUGUCCGCCGUUCCGCUCCGCCAACUGUUUUCCUUGCCCGCCAUUUCGCUCGCCCGCCAUCUUGUCAUCCCUCUUGCCCGCCGUCUCGCACCCGCCGACUUGCCGUCUCGUGCCUGCCCAUUUGCUUUCUCACGCCCGCCCACUGUCUUCUCACGUCCGCCCACUGCCUUCUCGCGCCCGCCUGCUUGCACUUUCGUGUCCACCCAUUGGCCCUCUCGCGUCCACACGCCCGCUCUGUUGUGUCCGCGUGUUCACAUGUCCUCGCGUGCGCGCGUGCCUGUCCUCCGCGCUCGCUUCCAUAGCUGCUCGCUCUCGGUGCUUUGA